AUGCGUCUCCACCUUGUUAUCUCGCGCCAUGGCCUGCCGGUCACGCGCAUUCUCUGGACAACGACCUCGUCCACGGCUACACUGGGUGAAUAUGGGACUCAUCGCCCAGCAUCAACGGCAGCUGUCGCAUCCUCUCGCACACCGAAUAUCGCCUUCUCGAAUGGCGGAUACACGGUCGCACAGCUUCUUGAAGACGUAAAUGAAGUCGUGCCACUCGAAACGGAACCGAGCAUCUUCGAUGCCGAGUUCAGUGGCCAGUGGGGACUGGAAGAUUAUGUUGUCGAGGUUGCUGGCUCAGAAUGCCUUCAUUUUAUGGAGGUCGAUGGCUUGCUUCGAGAUGGAGAUGAAGUUGUAAUCCGUGCCCUUCAAUUGGCAGAUCUCCGGGUAAGACGGCUAUGUGGCCGCCACCAAAUUACUGCCGAAGGCAAGCAUCUGAUUGAUGGCGUACCAUUUGGCGCGCCAUUUUUGAAAAGAAGCACUACUACACGGCCUGCAAUCACCAUCCCGCCAAGGAAGAAGCGGCGCACAGUCUUCUCUGGUUGGGAACAACCUCCAGAGUUUGCUUCUGGGGCAGUCCAUGCCGACGAGGAUGGGGAUGGAGAAUGGCUCCCACCCCCAGAAACUGGUUUUGGAAAGGAGCUUUCUAUUAUGCCUCCCGAGCAGGAAGAGUCUUUGGGCACCGUUAUUCGUCAUCCUGUUGAUUACGCCGCAGAGUCUGAGAGUGAAGAAGAGAUAUCCGAAAUAUCUGACAUCGAAAAAAAUGAAUUGGAGAGCGAACUUCAAGCACUCAAGGACGAUUUUGAGGAGCCGUCUCAGUUUGUUGAUAUUAGGGACCAAACUCGGAAUGUCAGUGGACACCCGUUACGUGCUACAUCGAUAGUCAAGCGACCAACUUCCAAGGGAUCUCUUGCAGCUGCUUCGUCUCUUUCCAGCAAGCGAUCUCGCGGAGAAGACUCAUCGCCCCGGAAUUCCAAGGCUGUGAGAUUCAACAAGGGAGAUGACAGGGAAGACCAGGGUAUGCCUGACCUCCCGCAAUUGCCGCAGGCCCCGCAGGCCCCGCAGGCUGAGGAAAGUGAGGCGGUAUCCUCUGAUUCUGAUUCGUCGGAUUUAUCGGUGUCGUCUUCAGAUGAAGAGUCUGAUGAUGAUUCUGACGAUGACUCCAAUGAUGGCUCUUCGAGUGAGGUAGAACCUGCGGAGGAGGCACCUUCUGACUCGGAUUCAUCUUCAAGUUCCGAAGACUCGGAUUCUGAUUCAUCGGAAUCCGAGUCGGAGUCUGAAGAGGAAGCUCCUCCACCUCCGAAGAAGGCGCAACGACCAGUUGUGAUAGGCGCUCCUGGUGAAGGGUCUAUGCGCACUAAAAAGAGCAACAACCGCCUCAAACUACGCCGCCGUCUUUCCAAGCUUAAGGAACUAGGCGCCUUGCCCAAAGAAGCAGACUUCGAUGCAUUGCGCACGUGGGAAGAAAGCAAUGGAGGUUGGCACAUUCCGGAACAACAUCUCAAACCGGAGCCAUUCUUGAACUUCCCUCAACCUGUGAAACCAGAACAAGAAUCUGUAGAAUCUUCGAGUAAGAAGCAGAAGAAGGAAAAGAAGGAACAGGAACAGAGGGAGUUUGAAGCUAGGCGCGAGAAGCUGCUUCGCGAUCUCGCAUCUGGUAAUGGUGUCGACGUGGAUGGGACAUCCGAGAAAGAAAAUGUUCCGCCCCGUAGGUCGACGGUGACACAACCCCCUGCUACGGAGGACGUCUCCGAUGAGUCUCGGCCAGAACAGGAACCUUCGCACCGACGUACCACCCUCGACAUUGCUAGCUCACGGCGUAUGCUUUUUGGAUCUCUGGGAAUGCGAACCCCGAAGACCGAAGAAGACGAAGAAGAAACACGGAAGAAGCUUGCUGCCAAAGCUAGUGCAAACGGACGUCAACCCAGGCCAUCAGUGCGAGUCACGCAAGAAGAGCCUGAUAAUAUGGAUGAGGAUGAGGAUCAAUCCGAUAUUGACUGGCAAAAUAAGCUAGUCAUUCGUGCUGUCGAGUGUGUCUAUCCUGAGGUUGAAGUGACUGCGCCUCCUUAUCCCUUCGUCCAGCGUUGGGAUCAAGAAGCCAAUGCAUUGAUUCGUCAGCUCAGAGGCCCGAGCAAGAAGCGGAAGAGAAAGCAACGUGUUCAGGUCUACAACGGAUAUGAGGAGCAGGAAGAAUAUGACGAAAACGGAAACUACUAUGGUUAUGAUAAUCAAUACCAAGGCGGAGAUGACCAGGCCAACUACGAGGGUUAUCACGAAGGUGAAGAUUCCUAUUAUCAGGGUCAAUACGCAGGUGAAGGCGAAGGUGAUCAGCUCAAUUAUGACGAUGGUCCUGAACCUGAACAAGCUCCCAACGAUACCUCCGACGAUCUACCUCCUCUUCCCGCCGAUAUGAGCACAGUUCCUGAUAUGAUUGAGAGUGACGUGAAAGUUGGCACAAUCAUUGCCUUCCGACAGCUCGACAUGUCGAAAGCCACGAAUUGGCAACCUCAGAUGUCUGGUUACCGGGUGGCUGAGGUUCGUUCUGUGGAAGAAAAUGGGACCAUCAAUGUAUUGCUUGCCAAGCGAGACCGCAAGCCCCCAUCUACCUUCAAUGAGGAUGAUGAACCCCGUCAAUACAGCAAGUUUGAAGUCCCAGAUCUAGCCAACGAAGAAGGAGAUGAUGAUGGCCACCGAGAGCUUGCUUUUGCGGAACUCAGCGACCCGAAGCUUCUCCAACCUGCACCACAAUCCCUUGCUGAAUCUGAGGAUCAAAACAAUACCCCAGAAGGUAGCAUUGUCUCUGUAGUUCAGGAAUCCGUACCGAAUGCUCAACCAGCCUCACCUGAGGAAAUGUACCAUGACGAUACCACUUUUGUCACUAUUGGGAAUGAAGUCGCCCAUCUUGAGUCGCCCCAUGACUCCCCGGGUAUGCCUGAUGAACCUAUCCAACAUACUCCUGGUAGAUCUGGUGAGCGCAGUGUCACACCUCCUAUUCCGUCCCCUUCUUUCACGGGGUUUCACUCUGCUCGAUCCUGGCAGCCAGUGACUCCCGGCGCUGAGAUUAGCCGCGAGCUCGAGGGCCAUACCCUCAUUGGAGGAGAAACGCCGUCUGUUCCAGUGAAUCGGGACGAGGAUCCGUCUGUGCUGUCGUACACGUCUGCAAAUCAAUCUUUCGCGGAUGAUCCUGAGAACCAAGAAACGCCUAGUCAAGCACAUGAGCGCCAGGUCGUUGACGAGAAUCUGGCGCCGCCUGGAGAAUCUGGGGAUAGCGGCCCUCAGUCUGGCUCACUUCUGUCUACCAUUGACCGUACCGGUGGUGAUGAUGCGCCCUACUCCACCAUUGUCCAAAGAGAUUCCAGAAGGGAAAAACGCAAUGCAGCCCCAACCAGUUCUGCAGAAUCAUGGAGAGAACUUUUGAACCGAUUACGGAAUGGCCCCUCGGAGCCAGAUGAAUCACUCGCCAUCAGCGAGAGCAAUGAGGAUUCUGAUCACCCACAAGACAACGAGCUGUUGCAGGGCAGUCCGGCGCAUUCCUACCUCGAUCUCAACCUUUCGUCUUCUGAAUCCCCGGAACCAUCCAACUCGCAUUCUUCCAGCUCUCCUAUGAGUGCUCAGCGCAAUGCGCAGUCCCCAAAUCCCAGCCCACUCCCUCCGUCCUUCGAGACGGAGUCCCCCCCUCUAUCCACUCGUUCCAAAAUCUCCAAAAUCUCUCUGGGAAUGCGUGAAUCUUUCCCACUCUCCCAAAUCCCCGCUUCCCAGGCCUCGGAGGUGAUUGAUCUCACUUCCAGUCCAGGUGGAUCUCCCGAACCCAGCACGUAUAACUCGAAUAGGCUCCAGAGACCUAAAUCCGCCCUAUUGGGAGGCUCGUAUCGCGCAUCCCAGCCCUCUACAGAGAACCCCAAGACCAUGGGGGAAGUGGGUAUGAGCCUUUCAAGUCAGAAAAAGAAACGUCGGUCACGGAAGUUUUAA